GUAUUCGUCCGAAGUUUGACAGCCGACAGUUUACACGUCACGAAGCAGCCACGAGAAAGUAGCCGCCUCUAUCGUCAGUCUGAAUUUAGCUUAAAACAGUUACCAGCAGCAUUUAAUUACAUUAUUUCAUUGAAACGUUCCAAAAAACUUUUAUAUUGUAGCAUGUUUAGAAAAACGAUAGCGUUGUGCGCCCUAUUCGCUGUGCUCAGCGUUUGUGUCUCCGAGGAUGAGACCCGUGCCCGCUUGCUGGUCUCUAAGCAGAUUCUCAACAAAUAUCUCGUCGAGAAGAGCGAUUUGCUAGUGCGCUACACAAUCUUCAAUGUAGGUAAUGGAGCGGCUACAAAUGUGCAGCUAGUGGACAACGGCUUCCAUCCCGAUGCGUUUGAAGUGGUUGGUGGUCAGCCAUCAGCUACUGUGGAACGUAUUGCACCACAGACGAACUUUACUCAUGUCCUGGUAGUGCGCCCCAAGGCUUUUGGUUAUUUCAACUUCACAGCCGCCGAGGUGUCGUACAAGCCUGUCGAGGAAGCUGAGACGCUCCAAUUGGCCAUCAGCUCAGAACCUGGAGAGGGUGGCAUUGUCAAUCUGAAUGAGUACAACAAGCGGUUUUCGUCCCAUUUCUUCGAUUGGGUGGCAUUUGCUAUUAUGACGCUGCCUUCUUUGGCCAUUCCACUCAUCCUGUGGCACUCAUCUAAGAGCAAAUAUGAGCGUCAUGGCAAGAACAAGAAGCAUUAAGCACUGACUAACAUUUCAAAGAGAUUAAUCCACUGGAGUUCCGUACAAUAUUGCUGCUAUAAUUACAAAUCGUCCCAUGCCUCGUACAUUUAACCACACACGAACAUCUAUAUAGUUUAUUUUUAAAAUUGUAAAGCGUUAAAUCGUUUUAGA